CUCGCCUACCAGCCCACCAUGCCCGCCUCGCUCUCGUCCAAGCUCUCGAUCCGCGACGUCCAGCUCAAGGACAAGAAGGUCGUCAUGCGCGUCGACUUCAACGUGCCGUUCGACGGCGAGGGCAACAUCACCAACAACCAGCGCAUCACUGCUGCCCUCCCGACCAUCCAGUACGCCAUCGACCAGGGCGCCAAGUCGAUCGUCCUCAUGUCGCACCUCGGCCGCCCCAACGGUGCCGCCGUCCAGAAGUACUCGCUCAAGCCCGUCGCCGCCGAGCUCGAGCGCCUCCUCCCGGGCAAGUCGAUCACAUUCCUUCCCGAGUGCGUCGGCGCCGACACCGAGAAGGCGGUCGCCGCGGCCAAGGACGGCGACAUCUUCCUCCUCGAGAACUUGCGCUUCCACAUCGAGGAGGAGGGUUCGUCCAAGGACAAGGACGGCAACAAGACCAAGGCCGACCCCGAGUCGGUCAAGCAGUUCCGCGCGUCGCUCACCAAGCUCGGCGACGUGUUUGUCAACGACGCGUUCGGCACGGCCCACCGCGCCCACUCGUCCAUGGUCGGCGUCGACCUCCCGCAAAAGGCGGCCGGCCUCCUCAUGACCAAGGAGCUCGAGUACUUUGCCAAGGUCCUCGAGAAGCCCGAGCGCCCGUUCCUCGCCAUCCUCGGCGGCGCAAAGGUGUCGGACAAGAUCCAGCUCAUCGAGAACCUCCUCGACAAGGUCGACUCGCUCAUCGUCUGCGGCGGCAUGGCCUUCACGUUCAAGAAGACGCUCGACAACGUCUCGAUCGGCACCUCGCUCUUUGACGAGGCCGGCUCGCAGAAGGUGGCGUCGCUCGUCGAGAAGGCCAAGGCCAAGGGCGUCGAGCUCGUGUUCCCGGUCGACUAUGUGACGGCCGACAAGUUUGACAAGGACGCCGAGACGUCGACCGCGACUGACGAGCAGGGCAUCCCCGACGGCUGGAUGGGCCUCGACGCCGGCGUCGAGAGCCGCAAGCUCUUCGCCGACGCCAUCAAGAAGGCCAAGACGAUCCUGUGGAACGGCCCCGCCGGCGUGUUCGAGUUCGAGAAGUUUGCUGGCGGGUCCAAGGCGACGCUCGACGCGUGCAUCGAGGCCAAGGAGGCGGGCGCGACCGUCAUCGUCGGUGGUGGCGACACGGCGACCGUCUGCGCCAAGUUUGGCGCCGACGACAAGCUGUCGCACAUCUCGACCGGCGGCGGUGCGUCGCUCGAGCUCCUCGAGGGCAAGGACCUCCCCGGCGUCUCGGCCCUCUCGGAGAAGUGACUGGCUCGCGGGUCUGUGUCGGCUGGAGGGAGACGCUCUGUGCUGUAGCCCGGCGUGCGAGUAAAGAACAGCAGUGCUCGGUCUG